GGAAGGUACCUGCCACUAACAAAGAUGGCGGCUGCUGGCGGCUGUAGGAAGCCCGGCCCUCACAAAGAUGGCUGCUGGGGCGGGGAGGAACCGGAAGCGCGGCUCUGGAGGUAGCGCCCGACCGCGGUAAACGCGAGAACCGGCAGGGUGGUGCGGGUCCGGGCAUGAAGCUGGGCCGGGCCGCGCUGGGCCUGCUGCUGCUGGCGCCAUUGGUGGUGCGGGCAGUGGAGCCCAUCAGCCUAGGGCUGGCCUUGGCAGGCGUCCUCACCGGCUACAUCUCCUACCCGCGCCUCUAUUGCCUCUUCGCCGAGUGCUGCGGCCAGAAGCGGAGCCUCAGCCGGGAAGCAUUGCAGAAGGAUCUGGACGACAAGCUCUUUGGACAGCAUCUUGCAAAGAAAGUCAUCUUAAAUGCUGUGUCUGGAUUCAUAAGCAACCCAAAGCCCAAGAAACCUCUCACCCUCUCCCUACAUGGAUGGACUGGCACUGGCAAAAAUUUCGUCAGCAAAAUCAUCGCUGAGAAUAUUUACGAGGGUGGUCUGAACAGUGACUAUGUCCACCUGUUUGUGUCCACUCUGCACUUUCCACAUGCAUCGAACAUCACCGUGUAUAAGGAUCAGUUACAGUUGUGGAUUCGAGGCAAUGUGAGUGCCUGUGCGAGAUCCAUCUUCAUAUUUGAUGAAAUGGAUAAAAUGCAUGCUGGCCUCAUAGAUGCCAUCAAACCUUUCCUAGACUAUUACGACCUGGUGGACGGGGUCUCUUAUCAGAAAGCCAUCUUCAUAUUUCUCAGCAAUGCUGGAGCAGAAAGAAUCACAGAUGUGGCUUUAGAUUUCUGGAGAAGUGGAAAGCAGAGGGAAGAAAUCAAGCUCAAAGACAUGGAGCAUGCCUUGUCUGUGUCAGUCUUCAAUAACAAGAACAGUGGCUUCUGGCACAGCAGCUUAAUUGACCGAAAUCUCAUUGAUUAUUUUGUUCCCUUCCUCCCCCUGGAAUACAAACACCUAAAAAUGUGCAUCAGAGUUGAAAUGCAGUCCCGAGGCUAUGAAGUUGAUGAGGACAUUGUAACCAGAGUGGCUGAAGAGAUGACAUUUUUCCCCAAAGAGGAGAGAGUUUUCUCAGAUAAAGGCUGCAAAACUGUGUUUACCAAGAUAGAUUACUACUACGAUGACUGAUAGCACAGAAAUCAUUGCUUAGCAUUGGAGAAGAACGAACACAAAACUCAAAUCCUUCCUACUCCUCCCCCUACUCCAUCCCCUGGAAGAGGAGUAAAAUGAAUUUUUCCUGUUCAACACAACAGGAAUUUUUCUGGGCAGUGUUUUCAUUCAGCAGAGUCUUGCAACCUUACAAACUGUUGACAUUGGAACAGCCUCCAGAGCCUUUAGAGGAGGGAGCCAGCUCCCAGCCCACUCAUACCAACGCUUAUGAUUUUUUUAAAAUCAUGUUUUAAUUACAAGUGUUUCUGUUUCAAGGAAGGACGAGUAAGUUUUACUGAAAAUGUGAUAACUUUAUUUAAAAUGGUUUUUAACGUUAUGAAAAACUCUUCGGACUCAAAUUGUUGAGUUUUUUGUUGUUGUUGUUAUUUUACAUUUCUAUCAUUAUAACAUACACUGUGAUAAGUUUUUACUGCAGAAACCCCAAGCACAAAGUUUAGAUGAUGGCCUUACUGGGGACAGAGGCUGUAGUAGUGACCAAAUCUGACACAAAGUGUGACUACAGCCACACUGCCAGGGGCAGCAAAGUGUCUAGAUAGAACAAAUAAGAAAGAGGAACUGAAACUCAAGGGUGCACAGGUACCUCCUAGGUGGAGUCUUGAAUGUCCUUUUGAAGGGUUUUAAUCUUAGUAACAUUAUGAACAGUGGGGAUAACCUGAGUAUCAUUGUGAACAGGCUGAAUGAAGGUUUAUUAGACCCAGUCUCCUUUCUUUUAAGAAGGCUAUUUCCAGCUUGUCACUUGCCAUUACUCAGGCCUUGCAAAAAGCCCUUUUCUAUUAUAUUAUCCAUUCCCAAAUGAGCCUCCGAUUGUCUCUACUUGAUUCUAAACUGUUGCAUGGCAAGUUCUGCCAUAUUUUUCAAAACCUUCCUCAUUUAUCACUAGAUUUUAUGUCCAAUCAGAGCCCUCAAAUCCUAAGAAAACUUAGUUGCCCCUCUUAAGGAUGCUAAGAAUAAUGUUUUUAUUUAUAAAUGCAAAUGACUACCAUUUCACAAUAAAGUUCUAUUUUAUAA